UAGAGAGGCGUAGAGAAAGAGAGAGAGAAAGAGAGGGAGGUAGAGAGGAGAGCUGUCGGACCAUCCUACCAGCCGCUUCUGUAGAGGAGGUGUUUCAACAUGACAGCCCUGCGUCAGAGGAAGGGCAGCAAGGGGAAGGAGCACCCUCCUCUUGGUGCAGAGUUUCAGUCCCAGCAGCCCAACUGUUGCACCGAUCAUCACCCAGAGAAGAUGUUGCAUGGUGAUUGGUCGUGGGGGGCUAUAGUCUGGACAUCUGUCGGCUGGUCCGUGUCUGUUGGUCUUGGCCUGCUGUGCUGCAUCUACGUGGCCACACUACACGAGAACGACCUGUGGUUCUCCAACAUCAAGGAAGUGGAGCGGGAGAUUUCCUUUCGGACAGAGUGUGGACUCUACUACUCUUACUACAAGCAAAUGCUGCAGGCCCCCUCCAUACAGGAAGGGCUCUCAGAUUUGAUCCAUGACAACUUGACAGAAUCCAAGAGGACCAUUAAUCUCCUGCAGCGAAUGAAUAUCUACCAAGAGGUCUUUCUCAGUGUUCUCUACAGAUUGUUGCCCAUACAGUCGUAUCUGGAGCCAGUGUAUUUCUACAUUUACACUGUGUUCUCGCUCCAAGCGGUGUAUGUGAUCGCUCUGUACCUCACAGCAUGGCUCCUGUCUGGUUCCUGGCUGGCUGGCGUGCUCACUGGGGUCUGGUACAUUCUCAACAGGGUGGAUACCACUCGUGUGGAGUUCACUAUCUCCCUCAGAGAGAACUGGUCUUUGCCCUUCCUCGCGCUGCAGGUCACUGCAAUCACGUGUUACCUCAGGCCUCAGCUCACCUCCUUACAGCAGAAGGUGAUGGUGUGGUUGAUGUAUGUGAUGACAUUCUGCUUCUGUCUGACGUGGCAGUUCAACCAGUUCAUCCUACUUGUUCAGGCACUCAUCAUAUACACCAUGGACUGUGCUGACUUCUUAACAACUACACAGGUGACCACUCUGUACCUUGUUCAAGUGAGUGGUCUUCUGAGUGUGUGGCUCCUCCAGUUCUGCAACUCCAUGAUACUGGGAUCACUGGUCCUGAGCUUCAUUGUAGCUGCGCUCUUCAUCAGACACUGCCAGUCUGGUCUGAAGACAGGAAGCCUGCUAGUUCGUCUGGGCAAACUGCUUCUCCACAGUGCCAUGGUUCUCCUCCUCACCUUCACCAUCAACUACCUGGCCAAGAAAGUACUUCAGCUCAGAUCAGACGAGCACAUCUUCAAAUUCAUCAAGUCAAAGUUUGCCUUGGGGCCAACAAGGGACUUUGAUGCCAGUCUGUAUCUGUGUGAGGAGGCCUUCGGCUUGCUGCCCCUGGAUACACUGGAGCGACUGGCUGGUACCCUCCUGCUGUACCCCUACAUCCUCACGCUGCUGCUGCUCAUUGGCAUGUUGGUAGUGGGCGCACUGCAGAACUUGAGCAGGUCUAAAGGAGGUUCAGCUGAGGAGAGGAAAGGAGCUGGAGAGGGGCGCGCGACGGCUUUUCGUCCAGAUGUGGCCUAUAAUGUGUUGCAUACACUGUUCUACGGUCUCCUCGCUUUCAGCACUAUGAGGAUGAAGUAUAUAUGGACUGGCCAUAUGUGUGCGGUUGCAGCCUAUGGCGUGUGUGGGACAGAGCUGUGGAAUCCACUUCUCACCACUCUACGCUGCAACAGUAAAGUCCUGUUAAGGCUUGUCAGAUAUGCAGUUCCACUGGCAAUGAUGUGCUGCCUAUAUUACAAGUUCUGGCCUAAGCUGAUGGAGGAGUUAUCAGAACUGAGGGAGUUUUAUGAUCCAGACACUGUGGAGCUCAUGACCUGGAUAAGCACAAAGACCCCUAAGCGGGCUGUGUUUGCAGGGAGCAUGCAGCUGCUGGCUGGCAUCAAGCUGUGCACAGGCAGAGUUCUCACCAACCACCCCCAUUAUGAAGAUAAAGACCUGCGGGAGAGAACCAGACAGGUGUAUCAGGUGUACGGCCGUCGCUCCCCGGAGGAAGUCCAUGACAUCCUGAAGGCUGUCGGGGCCGACUACGUGGUGCUGGAGAAUAGCAUCUGUUACGAGCGGAGGCACAGGCGAGGCUGCAGACUGCGGGACCUGCUCGAUCUGGCCAAUGGACACAUCAUGGAUGGACCUGGAGAAAACGACCCAGACCUUGUCCCCGCCUCCCACCCUCGAUUUUGCGAGGCCAUCAAGACGGAUGCAGCGGCUUACAGCGCUCUGUUCACCAGAACAUUCCACAACAAAACCUUCCACGUGUACCGGGUCAAGAAGAAACGCAAGAAAAGCACCAAGAACUCGUCAGAGCCCAGCGCGACUCUGUAGCCGGAGCAGGGCUGUAAGAAAAAAAACCCCGUCAGAGGCCAGAGAGAAGAGAGACGGAGAAGAAGAAGAAGAAGAUAAAAAGCACUGAAUC